AUGGUUCAUCUCGCUACCGUUUCGAAGGACGAUCAGGUCUUUGACCCGUCCACUCGCAAAGUCGAUUCCAUUGCCCCGCCCCCGGACGUCAAUGACUUCUACACCAACGUCUAUGGCAGCCACUUUGCUGCUGACCACAUGCCUCAGCAUGAAAUGCCCGAGCUUGAGAUGCCCCGCGAGAUUGCCGCCCGUAUGAUCAAGGAUGAGCUCAGUCUGGAUGGUAAUCCCAAGCUGAACUUGGCCAGUUUCGUCACGACCUACAUGGAAGAAGAGAUUGAGGAGAUCAUGACCGACUCGUUCAGCAAGAACUUCAUCGACUACGAGGAGUACCCCCAUUCCGCCGAGAUCCAGAACCGCUGCGUCAACAUGAUCGCCCGUCUGUUCAACUGCCCCACCGACCCCAAGGGUGAUAAUGCCAUGGGUACCUCCACCAUUGGUUCCUCUGAGGCCAUUAUGCUGGGUACCCUGGCCAUGAAGAAGCGCUGGCAGAACAAGCGCAAGGCCGAGGGCAAGGACUACUCCCGCCCCAACAUCGUCAUGAACAGUGCCGUUCAGGUGUGCUGGGAGAAGGCUGCUCGCUACUUCGACAUCGAGGAGAAGUACGUUUACUGCACUGACACCCGCUACGUCAUCGACCCAAAGGAGGCCGUUGACCUGAUCGACGAGAACACCAUUGGUAUCUGUGCCAUUAUCGGUACCACCUACACUGGCGAGUACGAGGAUGUCAAGGCCAUCAACGAUCUGCUGGUAGAGCGUAACAUUGACUGCCCGAUCCACGUGGAUGCCGCUAGCGGUGGCUUUGUCGCUCCCUUCACGACGCCCGACCUGGCCUGGGACUUCCGUCUCGAGAAGGUCGUCUCGAUCAACGUCUCCGGACACAAGUACGGUCUGGUCUACCCCGGUGUGGGCUGGGUUAUCUGGCGCUCGCCCGAGUACCUGCCCCAGGAGCUGGUCUUUAACAUCAACUAUCUUGGUGCCGACCAGGCUAGUUUCACGCUGAACUUCUCCAAGGGUGCCGCCCAUGUUAUUGGCCAGUACUACCAGCUGAUCCGUUUGGGCAAGCACGGCUACCGCUCAAUCAUGGUUAACCUGACCCGCAUCGCCGACUACAUGGCCGAGGAGCUGAAGAAGAAGGGCAUGAUCAUCAUGAGCCAGGGCCAGGGCCGUGGCCUGCCCCUGGUGGCCUUCCGUCUGCCUCCGAACCCGGACCGUGCCUACGACGAGUUUGCGGUCGCCCACCAGCUGCGUGAGCGAGGAUGGAUUGUCCCUGCCUACACGAUGGCACCCAACAGCGACAAGCUGAAGCUGAUGCGCGUUGUCGUGCGCGAGGACUUCAGCAUGAACCGCUGCGACAGCCUUCUGACUGAUAUCAACCUGGCUCUGCAGACUCUGGAUUCUAUGGACCAGGCCAUGGUGGACAAGUACAAGCAGCACAUCGUUAGCCACCGUGCUCACCCUCGACACAAGCACGCCCACAAGCACUACCAGGGCGAGAAGCACUCGCUGCAGGGCAAGACCGGCAAGUCUCACCCGGUGUGCUAG